UCCUGCCUUUACAUCACAUGUGUUAGUGACGUGAAGACCAUGCGUGGUCCUGGUCCUGUGUUUGGGACGUGAGGACUCCCGUCCUGACUGAAGGGUCCGUUUUUCUGAAUGUGAGACGCGGUCACUGGUUCCUGUUGGGGAAGCGUUAGUUGGAGACUCGAGAUGCCGACACUGAGUGUGAAUGGAGUCACGGUGAAUUUCCCCUUCCCUCCGUAUGACUGUCAGAAGGUCUACAUGAACAAAGUGAUCGAGUGUCUUCAGACGAAAACGAACGGGGCUCUGGAGAGUCCCACAGGCACUGGUAAAACCUUGUGUUUACUGUGCGCCACCUUGGCCUGGAGGGACCACUUCAAGGACACCAUCUCUGCCCGCAAGAUAGCUCAGAAGCUGGAUGGGGAGAUGUUCACACACACACCUCUGUCAUCCUGGGGAUCGGCUGCUACAGACGGUGACACACCAACCUACUACACUGACGUCCCCAAGAUCAUAUAUGCGUCCAGGACACAUUCUCAGCUGGCACAGGUCAUGAGUGAGUUAAAGAACACUUCAUACAGGCCAAAGGUGUGUGUGCUGGGGUCAAGAGAGCAGCUAUGUAUCAACCAGGAAGUGAUGCGUCAAGAGAGCAACCAUGUCAAGGUCCAUAUGUGCAGAGGAAAAGUCUCCACCAGGUCAUGUAUCUACUACAAUAAUGUUGAAGAGAAGAGCACUGACAGAGACUUGGUGAACUCUAUCCUUGAUGUGGAAGACUUGGUCAAAUUUGGCAACAAAGAGAGGGUCUGUCCUUACUACCUCUCACGUUCCUUGAAGCAGCAAGCAGAUCUCAUUUUUAUGCCUUACAAUUACCUGCUGGAUCCAAAGAGCCGUAGAGCCCACAAUAUUGAGCUGAAUGGAGCUGUGGUCAUUUUCGAUGAAGCUCAUAAUGUGGAAAAAACAUGCGAAGAGUCGACGUCAUUUGACCUGACUCCCUAUGAUGUAGCUGCUGCCAUUAAUGCUGUGGACAGGCUGCUGGUGGAGAAGGCUACAGAAGCCAGCCACACAGAUUCUGUCAAUGAAAACUUCAAUGUAGAAUCCCUCAACUCUGGUUUAAAAAUAGAUUUAACCACCGUUGCAAAAAUCAAACAGAUUCUAUUGGAUCUGGAAGCUGCCAUUGAUUCCUAUGAUGUUCCAAGUGAAAAAGGCAUCACUAAACCUGGAAUCUUCAUCUAUGAGCUGUUAGAGAGAGCUCACCUGACCUACAGCAGCAAGACAGCAGUCCAUGAAGCUCUGGAGCAGAUCAGUGGAUACUUAGCUGGGCAGACAGGAAUAUUCUUGAACACCAAUGGACUGCAGAAGCUGGCUGAUAUCAUACAGCUGGUGUUCCAUGGUGAGCCAUCAGAAAAGGACAGACAGCAGCAGAUGCAGUUGAACACCACUCAUUUUAAGGUUCACAUUCACAGAGACACCAACUCUCACAGGAAAAAACAGAGCUCUGAUGUGUGGGCGGCAUCCUCAUCAAAGAAACAAGGCAAUAUUCUGAGUUACUGGUGCUUCUCUCCUGGAUUCAGCAUGCAGGAUCUGGUGAACCAAGGUGUUCGCUGCAUCAUUCUGACCAGUGGAACCCUCUCACCUCUGUCCUCAUUCACCUCUGAGAUGAGGAUAGAGUUCCCAGUGUGCCUGGAGAACGGCCAUGUCAUUGAGCGGGACCAGAUAUUUGUUAGCGUCAUUGAACGAGGCCCAGAUGGCGAGCAGUUGAGUUCAGCGUUUGACAGAAGGUUUGUUCCUGAAAAUAUGGCAUCUUUAGGCAAAACUGUUGCCAACAUGAGCCGUGUAGUUCCUCAUGGUCUCUUAGUGUUUUUCCCCUCCUUCCCCCUUAUGGAAAAAACACUGGACUUCUGGAGGGCUAACGGACAUGCAGAUCGUAUUGAAAGCAUAAAGCCUAUGUUUGUUGAACCUAAAGGAAAGGGCACCUUUACUGAGGUUAUUGAUGGAUAUUACAAUAAAGUCCGUGAUCCAGCAUCCAAAGGGGGAAGCUUCUUUGCUGUGUGUCGAGGGAAGGCUAGUGAAGGUCUGGAUUUUGCAGACACCUUUGGUCGGGGUGUCAUCAUCACAGGCCUUCCCUUCCCUCCAAUGAUGGACCCUCGAGUCAAGUUGAAGAUGCAGUUCUUGGAUGAGAUGAGCCGGAAAAGAGCUCCUGGGAUAAAGUACCUGUCUGGGCAGGAGUGGUACAGACAGCAGGCUUUCAGAGCUGUGAACCAGGCCGUGGGUAGAGUUAUUCGCCAUAAGGACGACUAUGGAGCCAUCUUCCUGUGCGAUCACAGGUUUAAAAGCUCUGAAGCCCGGGCCCAGCUUCCAUCGUGGGUUAGGCCUUAUGUGCGUCUGUACGAUGGCUUUGGGAAUGUGGUCCGUGACGUGUCUCAAUUUUUCAGGGUUGCACAGAAAUUGAGGCCUGUAGUAGAGAAGAAGACUGCUGCAGAGAAAUGUAGCGCAGAGUGUCUAUCAGACGCUCAGUCCUCUGGCUUCACUUCCUGCACAUCCACCCAAAGCUCCCAUACACAGAAGGCCAAGGUAUUGGACAACCACCUUCCCAGCCUGAAGAGGAGGAGGCUCAAUGAAAACACUGGAGCUACUCGGAUGGCCAGAAUCUGUAUUGAGUAUGAGUGUGAGGUGCAGGAGAGUCAGAGGAGACCAGCCAACCUGUUGGACGCCCUGGAGCGUGGGGACGUCCACGACGGAGAGGACGCUGAUGCUGCCGUGGGAGAGGAGAAGGCAAACCAUUUGUCCACACUCUCUAUUCAACAUGACAAGAGGAUGGAAGAUGAAAUGCGGGGAGGAAAACGUAAAAUCAAAUUGGUCCAAGAGCAGAAAACCAGCGUGUCAGAGGAUGCGUGUGGGGAAAGUAGAGCAGGCAGAGCUAAGACGUUUCUGGCAGAGAUGAAGAAGUCACUGAGCCAGGUCAACUUUGAUCGCAUUGUGCAGGCGCUGCAGACCUACAAGAAGACAGACAACCUGGAUGUCCUGCUCACUGAGACAGCUGUCUUAACUGAGGACACCAACACUCACAGUCUGCUCCGCGGCUUCUACCAGUUCGUUCGGCCACAUCACAAGAAGAGGUUUGAUGAGAGGUGUGUGGAGCUGACAGGACAGGGCUGCGGAUACAAACCUGACCACUCACUGUCAAAGGAUGAGAAGAAAGUGUUGAUACUGCAGACUGCCACAGACCAUCAGCCUGCUGUGAGUCUGUCCUCCACCAGUGGGACGUCUACCUGCAGGCAGCUUAAUACAGAGCACCUCAACAAAGGGGGACCUCACUUAAACCAGCAAGGAUUAAGAGAAUCUGCGACUGGUAGGACAUCCUUUAACCUCUGA